CCAACCACUCUCGGACUAUUCACCGAGAAAAACCGUCGCACAUUAAUGUCCCCGUGAUUUUUGCGAACAUUUCUUUACUUUUUCGUGAAUUCCAGAGGUUAGACCUGCCUCAAAAUGAAGGUGGUCAUCUUCUUCUUAUGCAUUUCUGCAUAUGUGAAGGUUUCCCUCGCCGAGGGUGCUUAUUUUCUGUCGGACGAUUUCAUAAAUGAUAUCAACUCGAAACAGGACCAGUGGAAGGCUGGAAGGAAUUUCGAUCCGAAUACUCCCGAAGAGGACAUAAAAGUGCGCUUGGGUGCAAUUCUGGACGGGGAUGUGAAGCCGAGGGUGAAGACCUUCGAUCCAAAUUGGCCGGCGGAGACGAAGAUCCCGAAGAACUUCGACGCUCGCAAAAGAUGGAGAAAACAAUGCCCGAGAAUUGCCGAAGUCCUCGACCAGGGGAAAUGCGGCUCUUGCUGGGCAAUCGCCGUGACCCAAGCUUUCACGGACAGGUGGUGCAUUAUAACGAAAGGAAAACACCAAAUGCGUCUGUCGACAUCCAACCUUCUCUCUUGUUGCUACUUCUGCGGUUUUGGAUGUGGUGGAGGAUUCCCAGGGAUGGCAUGGCUGUACGUACAGCGGCAUGGAUUACCCAGUGGUGGCAACUACAACACAACCGAGGGGUGCCAACCCUACAGCAUUCCGUCCCCGUGCAAAUAUCAAGGCGACGACAGCCCUUACCAACCGUGCACGCCCGUCAAGGAAACCCCUCCGUGUGAAUCUCGCUGCACGAAUAGCAAAUACAGCAAAAGAUUGGAUAAAGACUACCGUUACGGUCACGACAUGUACGUAGUACCGGAUGACGAGAAGUCCAUUAUGAGAGAAAUUUUGGCGUAUGGUCCGGUGUCAACGGCUUUUGGUGUCAUGGACGAUUUUCCAAGCUAUAAAUCAGGCGUAUAUGAGCCAUCCGCAAGUGCUAAGUUUUUGGGUGGUCAUGCGGUGAAGGUACUUGGUUGGGGAGUGGAGAACAAAGUUCCCUAUUGGUUGGUGAUGAACUCUUGGAACGAAUACUGGGGUGACCACGGACUGAUUAAAAUUAAGAGAAACUCCCCGCGGGUCAAACUGGAGGUCGCGUGCUUAGCUGCCGUACCCAACACGAAGAAAAAAAGCACAGAGGACAUGGAAGAUCCUGAGGCUGUUGCUGACAGCUCGGUCGAGUCACUGAAUGAAGACGAAGAAGUUUAAUCGAGACUUAUCCAAUUAUUGGAGACAAACUGGAAAAAGUGUACAAAAUUUGAAAAAACAGAAAUAUAAUUAUUCCAAA